CAUCAUGGGGCUUUUAAAGGUUAUACAUCAUGGGGCUUUUAAAGGUUAUACAUCAUGGGGCUUUUAAAGGUUAUACAUCAUGGGGCUUUUAAAGGUUAUACAUCAUGGGGCUUUUAAAGGUUAUACAUCAGGGGCUUUUAAAGGUUAUACAUCAGGGGCUUUUAAAGGUUAUACAUCAGGGGCUUUUAAAGGUUAUUCAUCAGGGGCUUUUAAAGGUUAUUCAUCAGGGGCUUUUAAAGGUUAUUCAUCAGGGGCUUUUAAAGGUUAUUCAUCAGGGGCUUUUAAAGGUUAUUCAUCAGGGGCUUUUAAAGGUUAAACAUCAGGGGGCUUUUAAAGGUUAUUCAUCAGGGGCUUUUAAAGGUUAUUCAUCAGGGGCUUUUAAAGGUUAUUCAUCAGGGGCUUUUAAAGGUUAUUCAUCAGGGGCUUUUAAAGGUUAUUCAUCAGGGGCUUUUAAAGGUUAUACAUCAGGGGCUUUUAAAGGUUAUUCAUCAGGGGCUUUUAAAGGUUAUUCAUCAGGGGCUUUUAAAGGUUAUUCAUCAGGGGCUUUUAAAGGUUAUUCAUCAGGGGCUUUUAAAGGUUAUUCAUCAGGGGCUUUUAAAGGUUAUUCAUCAGGGGCUUUUAAAGGUUAUUCAUCAGGGGCUUUUAAAGGUUAUUCAUCAGGGGCUUUUAAAGGUUAUUCAUCAGGGGCUUUUAAAGGUUAUUCAUCAGGGGCUUUUAAAGGUUAUUCAUCAGGGGCUUUUAAAGGUUAUUCAUCAGGGGCUUUUAAAGGUUAUUCAUCAGGGGCUUUUAAAGGUUAUACAUCAGGGGCUUUUAAAGGUUAUUCAUCAGGGGCUUUUAAAGGUUAUUCAUCAGGGGCUUUUAAAGGUUAUUCAUCAGGGGCUUUUAAAGGUUAUUCAUCAGGGGCUUUUAAAGGUUAUUCAUCAGGGGCUUUUAAAGGUUAUUCAUCAGGGGCUUUUAAAGGUUAUUCAUCAGGGGCUUUUAAAGGUUAUUCAUCAGGGGCUUUUAAAGGUUAUUCAUCAGGGGCUUUUAAAGGUUAUACAUCAAGUGGUGGUGAAUAUUUGGUGGACAGAACAAGACAACAAGCAUAA